GAAGCCGCUUCCGUUUCCAACACCGCAUUCCGGCCACACCUGCCUGUGCCGGAGCCGCGGGUCGCUCCGCCGCCCUGCCCGCUUUGAGGAGGACGCCGCGCUCAGCCACCCCAGCAAGCCAUGUCCGCCCAGGGACCACAAAUUAAUCACAGAAUCUGGCAGUUUGUGCUUUCUACCUGAAAGACAGAUAGAUUAUGUACCUGUGAAUCUUGAAGAUGAUGUUGAAGGAGUGAUUAUUGACAAUGGAGAAGAUGGACUCUCCACACAAAACUGUGUGUCAAUGGAACAAAACCCUGAAGUAAACAGUGGUGUUCACCAUGUGGCUCAACUUGCCUAUGGAAGCCAAGGCUUAUCAGUGCUAGCCGAACGCUUAACAUCACAUAUGAGCCAUUCUGCAAGUAUGCAGAGAGGAAAUGGUCACAGCCCUGAAAAAAUGAAUUUUGUGUUUUCACGUAAUAAAAGAAAACGACUUGCCCCUACUCUAGUGGGACAGAAUGUGAUGAGAACAAAGGAAGGAGAAUAUGAAGAUAGUAACAGUGUCAUUUAUGAGUAUGAACCAGACUAUGAAUGUGGGAGCAUUGUAUCUGAAGCUUCCUACACUGGAGAUCAGCAGAAAACUCUAAUGGAGGUCCUCAGUUAUUGCCAGGCCAUGUAUGAUGCAAUUCAGAACUUGGAUAAAAAAUUCGACCUGCUUCAUCGGAAGGUCUCAGAAAUGCAGCAUACUCGUGUAAAGCCACUGUUGCUCAAACCUAAACCAGUUGGAUUUACAUACAGAAGUUCCAGUCAUCUGCCCCAAGGGAAAAUAAGAGUACAAAAAUCCAUGGAAAGGGAACCAAGUCUUCAUCUUUCUUCACCCGGACAGGGAAGGCAGAGCCCAGUCAUAAGGGUUGCUUUACAAAACGGCCAUGUUCACGUCAAUUCCACAAUAAAACACGUUCAACAGAGCCUUCAGCUUGAAUCACAGCAGCCUGUUCAUAGGCAGAGCCCACCACUUCCCACUAUAGUUUCUGCACAUUCAUUGCAUUCAUCAUGCACAACAAAUAAAAGGAUGCCUGACCUUUCUCCACAAUCAAAUUUUGUAGCAAGUGUUGUGGAGAGUACUGUCCAUGUUGCGUCUUCACCAAUGGCAUCGUCAUUGAUGCCAGCACCAUCUGAGACCAGUCUGGGAAAUAAUGUGGUGGUGGUGAAUUACAGAAAUGCACCUGGGAGUGUGAACAUUAGUAAUGAAUUGCCAUCAUCUUCAGUCUCCAUCAGUCCUAGUUUUGAAUUUGUUGGUGACCCAGUGAGAAAUGUAAAAGUUCCUGGCACUUAUUUGAUGAAAGCUCGGCAAAAGACUAAACCGAAGUAUGCAGCACGCUACUUAGUUCGUGUCUUGUUCCCCAAGGAAACGUUGUUGUGCAGCAUUAUGGGAGUGAGUGCACGAGGGCGCAGAACACUGGAUCCAAACAAAAUUGCUGCAGUAAGAGAAUUUCUUGCAACUAAUUUUCCAAACUAUGAUUUGAGUGAACAUGGAAAAGACUGGAAAACCUGUAUCACAAAUGUCAAUGCUAUGAUCCGCUGUUUACGCUCUGAAACGAAAAUAAACCCAGAGACUGCUGAAGGGAAGGAAAAAGUGGCUGAUGCUCCAGAUACAUCUCAUUGUGUAGAUUUAAAUUGUAAUGAAGAUAGUGAAGGCAAUUCUCAAAACUCUCAGGAGAUGACCACAACUGACAUGUUGCAGAAUUUGGGAUUGGAUAGAUUUCCAGAAGGUUUCCACGCACGUUCGAUCAAGAAACCACAGUCUUUGGAACCUAUGGAACUUCUUGGGAGUCCAUGGCGCAAUGUUCAGUUGCCUUUCUCAGUCAUUUAUGUAGCUAAGGGGAAGUCUCGGCCAGAGUUGUCAGCUCGCUACCUAAUUCGUCAUAUGUUCACUGAAGAUGUGCUGGUAAAAAGCAAUGUAUAUGGUAAUCUUGAACGUGGCAUGAGCCCACUGGACUGCAACAGAAUUAAUGCUCUCAGAGACUUUCUUCAAGAGAAUUAUCCAUCCUUUGAUCUAAAGGAAACUGGAUAUGAUUGGAAGGCUUGUGUUGCUGCCAUAAACAGCACAAUCCGCAGUCUCAGACAUGACCAUAAAAAGGCUACAGUUGGAAUCCGUCGGAAAGCCUUGGCCAUGCCACCACUGAGUGCAAAGAGUCCUCCACAGAGUCCCACUUCAGUGAAGCCAUUUGAAAGUGACACUAUCAAUCUCAUGGACUGAAGCUCUUUAACAUGUGUCUCAAAUCCUAGUUUAGUGGUUUUAUAAACCCCACGUAGAAGCCUGUUACAUCAAGCUGUCCUAUUAUACUGAGUUGUCAGCUGCACUAAAUAGUAUUAUUUCAUGAGACCAAAGUUAGCAGAAGACUUGGGAACUGUAACUCCUUUUGUAAGUAGCAUGUGUGCUCCUCAGAAAUUGCUUACACUGUUCUCUGUAGCAUUUGCAAUGUGCUCUCUCCUGAAAGCACUUUUCUUCUCAUGAUUCAUUGACUCUGAAACAUUAAUCUAGUUAGAAAAGAUGCACUGUGCGUCAAGUCAGCAGCAGCAGAUGGAAAUGUGGAAAGAUUGGUCCUCCUUAGAGGAAGACUCAUAACCAGCAAGAUUAUCUCAUGUGUGAGGAAUGAAAUUUGCUUUGACAGUUGGAUAUUUUAAGCAAAAAUAUCUAAUGCAGAAAGGAAAAA